CACAGCUCCAGCAGAGGGAGGGUGGAGCAAUACAUCCUCAUACACAAAAACAACACGCAUCACCCAUGUGAGAUAUACAGCCGGUGGCGGUAAUGCUCCUGAUGAGUGAGCGGCCAUUAAGAAGAUGAAGAAGAAGAAGAAGAAGAAGAAGAAGAAGAAGAAGAAGAAGAAGAUUGCUUAGUCACAGUUCUGUGUCCCUGGGGAAGGUUCAGGCACGAUGAACGGCAUUAUUCCCAAGAGCAAAGCAAAAGGCACUGACAUCUGUAAAAAGGACAACUACUAUUAUAUAAUCCGCUCUGAUCUCGGCUGUUAUAUGAAGACAAGUAAUUUCAAUAAAGGUUCAGACAUCUCUAUUUUCAGUCUGCACCCUUCCUGCAAAAAUGGAGACCAUUACCUUGGUAGUGGAGAUGGCUCCUUUUACAUCAUCAAGGGCAAUGAGUACCGCAGAGUCAGCGACCUGACGACAGACAGUGAUGCUGUAGUUGACACCCUUCAUCCCAACUGCCGGGGUGGAGACCACUACUUCUCAGCCUAUAGCAAGUUUUUCAUCAUCUUCCAAGAAAAGGGCACUUAUCGAAUAACAACAGACAUGAAUACAGACUCGGAUGCUGAAGAACACGACCUGCAUCCCGACUGCAGAAACGGGCUCUAUUACUGGGACAUGACAUUGCCUAUAUUCAACAGGUCAUUGUUCUGUUUCCUUAAGCCAGACUCAGAGUGGGGAGUUGAGUUCUGCAAUUUAAGCUUAUUCAGUCAUUCAGGUAAUUCAUUCAUCUUCAAAAAUUUGUGCACUGGUGUCUAUUCUGUUCAUCCUGAUGUUCUUAACUUCCUCCCUGGUGGUCUGACAGUAACUAUAGGCCCAGCCAUUUGCAUUUGGGAGAAUAUUAAAACUAUAACUAAUGACAGCAAUACACCAGUGACAUGGACAAAGAAAAUCAAUAAAAAGGUUGGAUACAAUAAGGAGAAGAUGUCCCAGAUCACACACCACUGGAAAAUAGACACAUCAGCCUCGAUUGAAACUGGAGCCCUUGCAAAGUUAAUUGCGAAGUUUCAGUUCUCCUUUUCUGCAGAAUAUGGAGGUUCACAUGUCAGCACUGAAAAUGAAAGCUGGAACGAAAUGACUGAAGUGGAAGAAGAACUCAAAUUUGAGCUGAAGCCAAACGAGUCUUUAUAUCUGUGGCAGUACAGAAUGGGUCUUGGUCAAGAACAAGUGUUGUUCUGCCGUGAUUUAAAGAUUACUAGUGAUCCAAACCCUCCAACUGAAGUCCCGCUGCCACCCGCACAAUCAUGAAAACAUAUCAGGAUGGUUUAACUCCAAGGAUAAUCAAGUGCUUCAGUUAAAUACCUUAAUUAUAACUUCUCUAGUAAUUGUUUAAAUAUCUGCAUGCAUUGCUUAAAAUGAGGCUGGAUGUAAUGAUUUGGUAUUAGUGGAAUGACAGCAUACAGCAGGACUGAGAAUCCAAAUGCAGUUUAAUGACAAGUAUAAUCCAAGGUCAUAGUCCACACCAGGCAGAAGAUCAAGGAGUGGUAUGACAUUUGAACAGAGGUGUCUGAGCUUGUGUCAAGCAUAAAUGGACAUGCCAGAAGAAGCCUGGAUUCGAGGCUUGUGUUGUUAACAUAGAAAUCACGUAACCAAUGACAAGCGAAGCCCCACUUUCUGUCCAAUCACGUGCGUGAUUCACUUUGCAUGCCGGAAUGUUCAAACAGAUCUUACUUUACGAAUAGGUUUUCAUUCAGGCUUAUUCAAUUACAUUUUUAAAUACCCAGUCAUACAAGUAAUAUGAAGAAAACAAAUUAUUUCAGGAAAACAAAAUAUUUGCCAUAUGCAAUUAUGUGUAUAUUAUUCUUCUAUUACAUCAUAUAUUGAAAUUCAUACUGGCAUUAAAUCCCACAGUUUGAUGGGUAAAUGAAUUUACCACAGAGAGAAAUUAAACAAACACACACUCUGUUAGGCUUUUAUUCCUGCACACGACAUGAAACUAUCUAUGAAAUGCAUGGUGAUUGCUCAUUCGCAGGCUUUUGGCUGCUUUAUUUUUUUACUAAACACCAGAUGGCGCUGUUUUCAAAACUCUCAAAGCUUUGAAACUUUUCCCGAAACAAUCAGGGGAAAGCUUCAGUGCUUCAUGAGGCUUCAUUUGCCCAUUCCUAGGGUCAAGCACAUAAGCGGUUUCUCAAUACCAUGUAUGCGAAGUUCGGACUUGCGUCCUUGGUAGUUCGGACUUGACAAGUUCGACUCAGGAGAACGAACUCCUGACGACGGAGGAUGCAAGUCCGGUGAUUCUGCAAAUGGUACAGCAGUGUACUUGAUAGUGUCACUCAGCUCGCUCUGGAUACUCCGGUUAUCUCUGUAUGUAUA